CUGCUAAACAUGGAUGCCUCCAGCUCGUGCUCUGAUCCACACCCAUUUGGUUCGUUGUCCGAUGUUUCUCCCACGACAGCCCAAAGAGCCAUAAAUUCCGACGAGGAGAUUAUUUUGUCGUCGAGCAGGCCGAAGAAGCGAGCUGGGAGGAAGAAGUUCAAGGAGACGAGACACCCGGUUUACAGGGGCAUAAGGAGGAGAAGAUGGAAUUCCAACAAGUGGGUUUGCGAGCUACGCGAGCCCAACAAGCAAUCGAGAAUAUGGCUAGGAACGUAUCCUACUGCGGAGAUGGCGGCUCGAGCUUACGAUGUUGCUGCAUUGGCGUUAAGGGGUCAUUUGGCUUGCUUGAACUUUGCUGACUCCGUCUGGCGUUUGCCCGUCCCGGCGUCCAGGGAUGCCAAGGACAUCCGUAAAGCGGCAGCCGAGGCGGCGGAAAUGUUCAGGUCCCAAGAAGAAUUAAGCAGCUUUGGUCACGGGGAGGCGUUGCAGAAGAAUGGUGAGGAAAGUACGAGUUCGAUGUUUAUGGACGAUGAAGCUCUGUUUGACAUGCAUGGGUUGAUGGUAAACAUGGCAGAAGGGCUUUUGCUGUCUCCACCUCAUUGCUUAGGAGAGAGUUAUAGUUUUGAUGAGGUGGAAAGUGAUGCUGAAGUGCCAUUGUGGAGUUAUACAUUUUAA